GCUAAAACGGAGCGUUUUAGACAGAGGGUGAAUACAGGUAUAUUCAGACAGACACUAUGAGAGAAAUAAUGUUCUUUUGAACAUUAAAGCAUGUAAACAUGUUCUAAAAGAAACCCAAAAUACCAAUAUGAACCCGGAUAUGAGCAAAAUAUGUCCCCUUUAAAUUCACUGUUAGAAUGAUGACUUGUCAGUGUGUUUUCUUGCCAGAUUCGCUCUCAGCUCAAAAUAGCGUUAGAUCAGACUAUCGCUGCAGAUAGCGAGCCAGCCCGUCCUGUCCAUUAGACCUCUUGACCCGAGACUAACUAAUAUUACAAACCAACUAAAAUAGUAGGUGACACCAUCAGUGUUUGCUUUGUAGUUAAAUUACAGAUACUGGUUGGCUCAGUUGCAAACAAACUAAUGUUAUAAGUUGCAGGUGCACACAGUGACAGUCUGUCCCACACACAAGGCUAACGUUAGCUAGCGGGCCAUAGCCAGCUAACUGUUAGCAACCAUUAGUUAACGUUAGUAAUCUAGCUACGUUAUUGCAAUGUUUCUACUCAUCGUUUCAAUGCUUGGGGAACGGUCCUGGAUUUUUUAAAUGGAUCCUUUCUUCAAUAUUAAUUUAAUUAUAGCCCCUGACAAUGCUAACAUGCUUCAUUUACCAUGUUCACCAUUUUGGUUGAGCAUGUUAGCAUGCUAAAGUUUGCUAAUUAGCAGUAAACACAGCGCACAUUUGGUCAUGAACCAAAGUAUUGGACAAAUUGAAAAUUUGAUCUGAUGAUGGCGCUAGACGAAAGGUCAGGGGGUCAACAACGUUUUUACUCCCUGACGUGGACAUAAAUGCAACCAGAGGAGUCGCCCCCUGCUGGCUGUUAGAAAGAAUGCAAAUUUAAGGCACUUCCACAUUGGCUUCACUUUUCAGACCUGGAGGUUACCCACUGGACUACAGUGAUGCUGCCAGCGUUGCUAAAACAUCAAAAACAGAAAUCUGGUUGCAAACAGGUUGGAAAAAUGAAGAUUUUAAGCUGUUAAAUUCACCACAGAAACACUAACACAUGGAUGUUCUGUCAACAUCCUUUAACACUGUUGUCCAUUGACAGCUUUUCCCCAGACACUUGGGUUGCUAUGGUUUCUCUUUCAAAAUAAUGACGUGCUAUCAGCACUGAGUGAAACUGUACACAAAUAUUUCACUUCUUUCCACUUCAGCCCAACCUAAAGACAGUGACGGGGAUUUGUGAGGGACAUUCCAAAUAAAUUAUGUCAUGCUUGAAUACCUCUGGUAUUAGGUUACACAUCAGGGAGACUUAAGGUUUGAAGUAUUCAGUAAUUAAGACAUUAAUGUUGUUACAUACUAUAUACAAAACCUGCAUUCAUUCUGCUCCUGCAGCAAACAAGCUUGAUGAUUAAAAACAUAAAGCUGUGUUUUGCAGCAGUACAGUGACUUUACAGUUGAAGAAGUGACUUAACCGGACACACCCUGUAAACUCUGUACGUGUAGAGGCAUGAGUUGGCCUUGUGAGAGGCAACAGUCGAAAGCACUCUCCAUUCUUGACGCAACCCCUGAGGCUAACUCAACACUUCCAAAUGUUGUUGCUGUGAUUUACCGGUAACUAAGGUGACGGCCGGUCCUGUUCUGUAUUCCGAUGAGACUGGGAUGAGUCAGUCGGAUUCUCACCUUAACUCCCUCACAACAACAAGCCCCUCACCCCUUCUGAGCAUGUGAAUAUCUCAUUCACACUCUGGUUGCUCCACAUAAAGUGAACGUUAUCGAGAGCUGGGAUGCAAAUUCUUAUAGGAAAUGAAUUCAUAACUAGGGAGGAGUGAAGUCUCCCUCCCCAUGGGUGUUUGUGUGUAUCAUCACCUCCAGGUGUGUGUGAGCCCCACCUUUAGUCUGAGGGAGGGGCAUGGAGACACAGGAGGGGUCUGACUGACAGGAAGGUAUGAGUGGGGUUGCAGGUUUCUCUGCUCUUACCCAAUCUGUUUAUGUAAGGUGAAAGCAAUCCUCUUUCCCGGUGGCUCUGGACCUCAGCGACUCCAACUCAUUCCCACUCUUCCUCAUUGCGUGCUCUUCCUGUUACCUGGCACAGAUAUGGGAACAUCGUUAGGUUAGGAGGCGCAUUAAGCCGUUUAUUGCAACACUUCAAGCCAAACUUGAAAGACUCUAGACUUUUGCAGUGGGAUUUGGAAGUGUUUACUCUCACAUCCCAAAGGAUAAAAGGAGAAAAGGAUCUUCUAUAUCAAAGGACACAUAAAAAGGAAAGACUGAAUCCCCACGGGGAUUGCUAAAAUGAAUAUGGCCUUUUCAUCCGAGAAGCACACAACCCUUUUCCCCCUCCUCCUCCUCCUCCUCCUCUACGUCCCUCUCACCUGUCUGUGCCAGUCAACCAACAGCAGCUCAAUCAAUGCCACAACCACAACCAGCACCCCAUCCACUUCCUCAAAUGUUACUUCCAUGAAGGGCGUGCGAGGCUGCGGCAGAGGACUGAACCCCAUUUAUAGGUACCUGUGUGACCGCCGGGCAGCGUGGGGUAUUGUACUGGAGACCCUGGCCUCUUCAGGCUUCCUGUUCAGCAUGGUUCUCCUCGUAGGCUUGCUGAUCUGGUCCCUGUGGAUCUGUGUUUCAUCACAGAACCAGCGCAGCAGCAUCGGCGGCACCGUAGCCUGCAUGUCCAUGUACUUGUUGGCCACGGCUGGGAUUUUCGCCAUCACCUUUGCCUUCAUCGUCCGCCUAACCCCUCAGACCUGCCCAACCAGGCUCUUCCUCUUCAGCGUGCUCUUCUCCCUGGCCUUCUCCUGCCUGCUGGCUCGCUGCCUCGCUCUGCUGGGCUUCGCGGCGGCCCGCGGCUGGGGGGAGCCCGCCUUGGCCCUGGGGCUCUUCACCGUGCAGGUUAUCAUCUCUACCCAGUGGCUGAUCCUCGUGUUGGUCCGGGACAAGAAGCCGUGCGGCUACAGCCAGGAGGAAUUUGUCAUGCUGCAGAUUUACGUGCUGUGCCUGCUGGCUAUCAGCUUGAUCCUCUCCCUACACUUCCUGCACCGCUCCUGCUUCACGUUCAGCUACACUUACACGGUUGCCGCCCGCCAGCACAGCCGAGGACAGGCCACGCUGCUCUUCCUCACACUGCUGCUCUCCGCCUUCAUCUGGGUGGUGUGGAUCACUAUGCUCAUCAGGGGGAACCCCGAGUUGGACCGCCGGCCACAGUGGGACGACCCAGUGCUCAGCAUUGCCCUGGUGGCGAAUGGCUGGGUCUUGCUGAUGGGGCACGGGUUGGCCCAGAUCGCCUUCUUCUGCAGGGGGGAGGCCAAGUCCAAGGACAUCCCUCUGAGCUUCGCAGGCUGGACCAGCCACAACGCUGAAGUCCCAGGACUGGCCAGCCCGAAGUCGGGGAGAGAAAACGGGAGCUUUGAGAGUGACGGUGAGAACGGGAGAGCUUUAACAUCCUGCGGCAGGAGGAAUGAGCAAUCGCUGCGAUCACCCUACGAGUCUGAAUUCUCCGUGACAGACAUUGACCCUGAAAGAGAUUACACCAUCCCUCGCCCGCAGACCACCAACUUCCUGGAACCUUAUGAUGAAUUUUGAUUGAAUUAAUUUUCAUAUCUGGUUCUUACACAAACACACAUAACCUGAUAUACAACGUCAACCAAAGCCGAGGGUGACCCAACUCAUGCACUAAUCUGUACUUGGCACAUGUUUUCAUUUUCUUGUGCAAAUGUAAAUAUUUUUGUAAGAACUGUUAUUUUCAAAUGUGCCAGAAGGAUGUGAAAAAUCCUCUUCUCCAAAAAAAGAAGAAAGACUCAGCAGAAUGACUCAUCUGCUGGAGUUUCAUCAUGAAGGCUGGAUGGGUUCAGAUAGUCCAGCUUUCUUCUGGCGGGAAAUCCACAUAACAAAUGCUUAGUAGAAGUGAGUCUUUAUGAUGGUGUGUGUGCAUGUGUGUGUGUCUGUGUGUGUGUGUGUGUGUGUGUGUGUGCUGCUCUGAGAUGGUAUAUAAUAGCCCCGAGGCGAUGGAGGAGGCGUGAAACUGUCACUCUGAAGGUGCCAAACUGCUGAGCGGAGCAGAGGCAUCUGUGAGCCGUAGAGAGAGGAGGGAUGAAAGGAGGAGAGAGAGAGAGAGAGAUGAGGAAGGGAGAUGAGAUGAGAUGCGACAAGACAGGAGGAGGAUAGGACAGGAGACCUGUCAGCACCAUGGGAGGCUCGUGCCACCACUGAUUAACAUCUUCAUAUUCAAAGUUACAGUCGCUGGGUUCUGUUGGUGCUGCACCGAAAAAACAAUGGAUGUGUUCUGUGCAUGGAAAGAUACCAGGUGUAUGAGCCUCUUUCCGGCAAUACGUAAUGACUUUCUACACAUGUUGGUGUUAUCAAUAAAAGGUUCGUCUUUAAAAGA